AGAGAAUCUCGUGGCCGGAGCGCUUGCAUUUGUCAUGCAUGAACUGCAGAGUCGUAUUGGGUUUCUAUUGUACGUUGGGGUUGGGAGUACGUUCUUAACCGCCCUUCCAUUCUCUGAUUCUCAAUCCUUCCAGGCCAUACCUAGCUUCUUCUCCCAUUGUUUUUUCUUCUUCUAGAUCAAUUUAAUUACCUCAUGAGCACAUAAAUAUACUCCGUAUAUUUUAUACAUUCUCAUUAAUGAAAUCACAACAUAUAUAACCCUUAGAUUUGUUAAACAAAAGUACGUACAUAUUAGCUAGCUAGUAAUUUAAUCAGCUAGCUAGCUAGAGAGCUAAGAUCUUCAGGAAAUAUGUUGCUUGGGCUGGCGGCUUCAGAAUGCAGUAGUGGUGAUGGGAAUGGGAAGGGUUUGUUAGAAUACGUGAAGAAAUGGUCGCCGUCACCAUUCUUGUUGAAGACGUACAUGCUGGUGGAGGAUCCGGCCACCGACGACGUCAUUUCUUGGAACGCCGACGGGACGUCGUUUGUGGUGUGGCAGCCGGCGGAGUUCGCCAGGGACUUGCUCCCAACCGUCUUUAAGCACAGCAACUUUUCCAGCUUUGUCCGCCAGCUCAAUACCUAUGGUUUUCGCAAGGUGGCCUCUGCCCGGUGGGAGUUUUGCAACAGCAAGUUCCAGAAAGGAGAGAAGGAUUUAUUGUGCGACAUUCCUCGAAGAAAACCCACAUUGGCGGCGAACAAUAAGCAGCCAGCAAAUAUAAAAAGCAACAACUUCGUUGAUCAUCAGCCAAAGUACGAUGAAGAGCAAAAGUCACUGUCAUCCACCACAUCAAUGAGGGUGUCAUUUCCCUCAGAAUACGACAUCCUCAUUGAGGAGAACAAGAGGCUUCGGGGUGAAAAUGGAAUCCUAAGCUCAGAGCUGUUGACGAUGAAGAGGAAAUGUCAAGAUCUACUUGACUUGAUGUCCACGUAUGCCACCAGUGAUAUUAGGAGGAGGUGGAGGAGGCCCACCACCGCUAACUCAUAUGAGGAGGAGGAGGAGGAGGAGGAGGAGGAGGAGGAGGAAGAAGAAGAGAGAUCAUUCAUGCUAUUCGGAGUGAGAUUAAUUAAGCUAGCUGAGAAGAAGAGGAAAAGAAAGGAGUUCUCUGGAGCUGCUAAGCUCUUUCUUCCCCAAACUCCCACUUAUGCAAAUAAGCGAUCACACCAGCGACGCACAACAGCCUCCAGGUUUCCGUAUCACAGACUUUAGCGAUGCGCGGUAGUCAUCCUCCAGGAACCAGAGCGAUGCGGCAGCCAUCCUCCAAGAACCAUAGUUGUUUCCACCAUCCUCCGACAAAGCCAUCGCUAUAGAGGAUCUGGAAGAAGAUGAGAAAAGGAAGAAGAAAAGAGAAAAGAGGAAGAGAAGAGGAAGAGGAAGAGGAAGAAGAGAUAUGAACCAACUACAUACUAUUCACUUGGCGGUCAGAAUCCACGAAGUCAGACGGUGACAACAGAUGCAAUACCGGCGGCGAAGGGAGGCGGCGAAGGGAGGCGGCGAAGGGAUGCUCUGGUGCGCACUAUAGCUUCGAUGAUAGGACUUGAGCUGUGAUCGAUGACAGAGGAAUACCAACAGGCUUGGAUGAGCAAAUUAAAGGAUUACGGAUUUAAUUAUAUAAGGGUAUAAUGGUAAUGUUUAGUCCUAUUUAGGCAAUAUGAAACAUAAAGUCCUAUUUUGGAGUUUUAACCAUGUUUUAAUCCUAUUUAGGACAAUUUCUUUUAAUUUAUUCGUUAUCCCUAUUUUUUGUAUUAAUCUUGUGCAUUUGGUAUAAUGCCGGAUUUUCUCACAUUGUAUUUAAUUAUUUAUAUUCGAAUAUUUGCUCCAGGUAUGAGUAAAAUGAUUCCUAAAUGCAAC